AGCACUAAAGUGCAAACCCUCGGCUGGUGACAUGAUAAUAAAGAAACCAGAAGAGUGAUAAUGCAGUGCAUGUAGCAUGUAUGACUAGCACAGCAACUCAAGAGCAAUAAAACUAAACCAGACUGUAGGGAUGCUGAAACAUUGAGUAUGUCACAUGAGACAUGCACUGUGGACUGGGAUCACAGCAAAGAAGCCUGGAGUCUUAGACUAAGAGAAGUAUGGCUCCUUCCAGGCUAGAGUAUAGGAUCCAGAGUCAGUCAACAACCAGUCACAAUUCUACUUUCUUGGCCCUUAUUCAUGUUACGGGAUCACUUCAGCUGCAAAUACCUAGUCAGCAGAGGCAGUAAUUCUAGCUUUCUACUUUAGUGACCCUGUUCCAUUGUUUCUGGUACAGGAUCACGUCAGCUGUAAGUAACCCAUGUGGAAAAAUCACAAUGUAACAUAGGGUAUCUCGAAUAAAGGCCGCGUGUAGUUAGCAGCUGCCAACGGGCAAGUUUAGCUUUUGCUCGCUUUUAUUCGACAAAGAAACUUUAACAUCAAAAUCUGCCACUAUUUAAAUCAAGAUAUUGUUGUGUGAAGGCUAUCUAUGCUGCAAACGCAGCGCUAUGGCAUCCAGGUGAGUAGAAAACCCUAUCACAAACAAACAAACAAACAAACAAACCAACAGACUACUAUACCCGCUGGCCGCGGCACGGCCUCGGGUAAUAAGCCAUACUACACAUGUACAUGUACCUAUGCACUCUAGUAUCCUUCAGCCCUCGGGGCAUAGUAGAUCCCACUUGAGUGGGGAGUUAUAUGAUUGAGGGUAUAAACAAUUAAUGAUGUAAUGUUCCUAGCUUAUAGUUAGCCAAUGAAAAGUGGGAUCUAUAAAUCAUUAGAUAGUGUCCAUUUGGGAACUCCCACUUUUCAUUGGUGGCGUGGUAUAUCUAAAGUUACACUUUCAAAGAAAAUCAGCUAAACAAAUGGCUUUCACCAGGAACAGAGAAUUAGAUGGCAAAGCAAGUCAACAAAAAAAUCAAGAUGUUUAUUCAGAAAAGAGUUUUGUUAAGAAACUAGAAGAACCGGAGCAAAAGAAACAAGCUAGAAAAAGAAAAAGACAAGCUGAUGGUGGCAUUUCAGAAAGACCCUCCACCAAGAAGACUAGACUAGAGGUAGAGAAACAAUCUUCUUCUCUAGUAGAUCAAAAAAUACGUCACAGUCAACAGAGUAGCGAACAGCUCUCAACCAGAAAAAAAGAAACGAUUUCAAAGACUUCAAAAGUGAAGACAAAUUCAAAGAAACGCAAGAAAAAACCCAGAGCAAUGGAGAACGUAAGCAACAAAUUAAAGCAGCACAAAAAAGAAUUGAAGCAAAAGGGAGGGGAGUUGCAAAAACAAAGAGAGGACCUCUCAGCUAAAGAGAAGAAAGCUAUUGCAAUACGCUCAAACGUGAAGGAACAAUACUCUCUACUGUCCAGCCAUGUGAGUGGCAGAACAAUGAAUGAUGUUCAGUACCUGACUCACUGCACCAAUGAGAAGCGUAAAGGAAUGAUAGAAAGAACUGGCAAACUGUUGGCUAAACCAACACUACACCCAAUUAAAUGCCCACUAGCCGUAGGACAGAAAAUCAAGGGAGUCUGGCUCACAGCAACAACAUCAAGAUCAGGAGAACCUCUGCAGUCUCCAUAUGGCACCGAGCGCUUCAAUUUACCAGUAUCAGCACUUCUUAGUAGUGAAACAAGCAGCAGGUGGUGUUUAUUCUUUGAGUCCACAUACUAUUCUCAGAAUCACAUUCAAUAUGUGAGGUUUGUACUUCUAGACACACAAACAGCUGAAGAGGAACACGAAACAUGGUGCAAAGAUUACCUACUAAAAGUCGACAUUGAGCAAAAUCCUUUUGUCUACUGGAAUGGUCAACAAUUUUCGUCAAUAUCAAAUCACGGCCAUGAACACGGAGAUAUCUAUAUUGAAAUACUGAAAGUUGGUGAAAUUGAAACCCCAUGCGGAGAACACUGGGAUAAAGUUGAGGAAACAGAGAGAAAGAAAAACACCAACCCAUUGCUUUAUCUCGGUUUGUGUUCAAACCUCAGAAGCAUGCAAAGGAGACAGUUCUUUGAGUACAGGAACUGCAACAGAGUAGGAAACAAAAAAUACUAGCCCUAACCCCAACUCGCGUACCUACAGUAGAUAUAGCAUUAUUAUAAUGUAGCUACAUACAUACAGUACAUAAUGCACGCAGACUGCUAGCAACAUUUUUCUUCUUUUUAUACACUUCGCGUAAGUUUUCAGAACUUCAAUGUUUACGUUUUAUGUUUUUCAAUACCCUGUUAUAGUAAGACACUCAGUCAUACAACUAGUACCUGAAUGCAAAAA